AUGAUGCACUGCGGGAAAGAAAACAACGGAAAGGGCGGAGCUAUCAGGGGUGCAUGGCUUGGGCAUCUCCGAGGAACAGGUGCAGCGGAGCAACCGGCGGUCGUGCCAGAUAAUGACCCGCCGUCGAAGACCAAUUUGGCCGUCACCCGAGCGUGCGCAAAGUGCGACUAUUCGCGGUGUUCAUGUAGCACAGCAAAGACGACAGCCCAGCGUCAAACCGCUAGCGGCAGCACGAAGCGGAAGCAGUUGUUUAUGCGAUAG